AUGGCAAGCUGGCUGGACCAAGACUUCCCGGAUGAGGAGGAAGACGACUUCAACCCGCAGGCAGAAGUCGCUUCUGACGAUGAGGCCGACGAGAAGCCACAGCUGAACGGCGAUGCUGAAGACGAGGAUGACGAUGUGGCACCACAAAGAUCACGCUCGCGAAGCCGGCAAGUCAACGAUGAAGUGAAAGAUGAGGACGAGGACAAAGACGACGACGUGGAUCUGACAGGAGGUGAUGACGACCAGCCGGUGGAAGUCGACGGCGAUGAUCAUCCGGCUGUGGGCGAUGAGGAUGACGAAGAAGUCGCGGACCAAGAUGAUGAAGAGGAUGAGGAAGAAGAGGAGGACGAGGAUGAUGACCUGCCUGGCCGGCCUGCGAAGAAACGGCGGAAAAACAGACGCAACCAAUUCAUCGAUGUCGAAGCUGAAGUAGACGAGGAUGACGAGGAGGAGCCUGAAGAAGAGGACGACCUUCCGGGCGACGAGAUGCACCCGGACGACCUACAAGAGCUGCCUGCAGAUGCUGACAGAGACGACCGCAAACAUCGUGAACUGGAUAGGCAGCGCGAGGCAAAGGAGCAGGAGACUGCCGAAGAGCAAGCACAGCGGUUUGUGGAACGAUAUGGGCGAAAGGAGCGUGCGGGUGCGGCAACUGGAGCUGUUGUUCCGCAGCGAUUACUCCUGCCUGGCCCAGAAGACCCGCACAUCUUUCGGUUGAAGUGCCGCCCUGGAAAAGAGCGAGAUGUCAUUCAAGGGAUUAGUCUGCGCAUGGCCGAACGUCAAUAUUCGAGAGAACCCAUCCUGAUCAACUCCGCCUUUGAACGCGGUGGUGUCAUGGCUGGCAAUCUCUAUGUUGAAGCGAGGCGACAGGAAGACGUUGUGGCGGCUGUAGAAGGCUUGACACACGUCUUCUCGAGCUACAAGCCCCUGAUGAUACCAAUCGAAGAGAUGCCAGACUUGCUCAAGAUCAAGAAGAGCAGCCUUCUGGAGCCGGGCAUGUACGUCCGCGUCCGCAAGACCGGCUGGUACCAGGGCGACUUGGCGCAAGUCGAGGAUGUCGAGAGCAACGGUGUCGACGUCACACUCCGCCUUAUACCUCGCCUGACGUACGGCCUCACAGAAGACACGAAUGCGCCGGCUGUUUUGGACCAAAACGGCAAACGGAAGCGCACGAAGACCACCCAGCCACGCCCGCCAGCAAAACACUUCAGCGAGACUGAAGCGAAGAAGAAACUGGGAAGAUACCUCUCGCGAGCUCAAGGCUUGGGCAACAAUGCCUUCACCUUUGAAAACGAGGACUACGUCGAUGGCUUUCUCAUCAAGAACUUCCGAAUCAAUCAGCUGCAAAGAGACAAUGUCAACCCGACACUGGAAGAAGUCACGAAGUUUGCAUCUGGUGGCGAGGAUGGCACCGAGAAUCUGGAUCUCAACGCCCUCGCCGCGACCAUCAAGCAGACAAAAGCCGAAGAUUACCUGCCGGGAGACAAGGUGGAGAUCUUCCGCGGCGAGCAGAAAGGUGUGACUGGAAAGUCCGUGGAGGUCUAUGGAGAUGUCGUCAAGAUGCGAGUCGACUCUGCCGGUGCUCUACGGGGCCAGGUCAUCGAAGCACCGAUCAAAGACCUUCGGAAGCUUUUCAGGGAAGGCGACCACGUCAAAGUCAUCGGAGGCAGCAAGUACGUCGACGAAGUCGGAAUGGUGGUCAAGAGCAAAGACGACAGGGUCACUCUGCUUACAGACAGCAACAACCAGGAGAUUACGGUCUUCAGCAAAGAUCUCCGUGAGGCUACAGACGCUGGUGGCAAUGUUGCUGGCAGCAAGUUUGACCUCUUCGACCUGGUGCAGCUGGACGUCUCGACAGUAGGAUGUGUCAUCAAAGUCGACAGGGAAAGCCUGCGGGUCUUGGAUCAAAAUGGUUCGAUCAGGAGCAUGCUUCCUUCCGCCAUCUCGAACAAGCUGGAGAGAAGGAGAAAUGCUGUUGCUACGGACAGCAACGGAAACGAGAUGAAGAUUGACGACACCAUCAAGGAGUUUGGCGGCGAGCAGAGACAGGGUCGCGUUCUGCAUCUGCACCGCAACUUCGUUUUCGUCCAGAACCGUGAGAGGGUCGAAAAUGCUGGUGUCUGGGUAGCCCGACACAUGAAUGUCACCACUUUGAAUGCCAAAGGUGGUCGGCCGGGUGGUCAGAACGGGGUCGACCUCACCAGGAUGAACCCAGCCAUGAAGCAGAACGGUGUGCCGGGAGUUAUGGCACCCCCACAAGGCAGAGGCCGGGACCGGCUCAUCGGCAAGACUGUCAAGCUCCGCAGCGGCAAUCAGAAAGGCAUGAUCGGUAUCGUCAAAGACGCGACCGACCAGACCGUCAAAGUGGAGCUGCACGCCAAGAACAAGGUCAUCUCGAUCAAUCGCGACCAUUUGCAGGUUAUCGACCCGCGAUCUGGACAGCCGAUCGAUGACCGUGGUCGUCCAGGCGGCGGCAUGCCCGGGAGGACACCGGCGCCUGGGGCUUAUGGGCGGACGCCUUUUGGUGGGCCGGGAGCGGAGGGAAGGACACCGGCUUAUGCUAUGGCUGGGGGUGGGAGGACGCCGACUUGGAAGCAGGAUGUUGGGUCGAGGACGCCUGGGUAUGGUGGUGCUACUGCGUAUGGCGGUGGUGGGUUCGGAGGGACCACUGCGUAUGGUGGGCAGACGAGUUAUGGUGGCGGGACGAGCUACGGUGGUGCUACGACUUAUGGUGGUGGUGGAGGCGGCGGAGGAAGUGUCUGGGGUGGCAAUCAAUCGACCUGGAACCCCAACCCCUCAUCUCGGACACCAGCGCACAACCCUGGCAACAAGACGCCAGCCUACAGCGGUGGCCUCGAAGCACCAACACCUGGCUUCAGCGCUCCCACACCGGGAGACCAGCCGACGCCUGGUGGGUUUAGAGGACAGUACCAGACGCCGGCUGCGUAUCAGACUCCUGGCGGGUUCCCGGAGACGCCUGGGGCUGGGUUUGACGAUGAUGGGCCGCGGUAUGAUUGA